AUGGAAUGGACCGAUGAGUACAAUGCCAUUGUUUCUGAAUUAAUGGCUGAGCAAGUGAGAAAAGGAAAUAGACCAAACACACAUUUGAACACUUUAGGCUACACAGAGGUCAUGGGUAGGUUCUAUCAAAUGACCGGAAUUGAGUUAUCAAAGAUACAAGUCAAGAAUAAGUGGGAUAAAUUGAAAAAUGAUUGGUCAAUUUGGCAAAAGUUGGUUCGGAAGCAAACCGGAACGGGUUGGGACAGCACAAGAGGAGUAAUAAGCAUGGACAAUGAAUGGUGGAAAAAAAUGAAAAAGGAAAUUCCGGGAUGUGGAAAGUUCAAGAAGAAAGCAUUGCAAAAUCAAGAUUUCCUUCGAGAGAUGUUCGGUGAUAUCUCUAAUGAUGAAACCGAUCAUUGGAAUCCUAUGAGUGAUAACCCUAUUAUUCCUAAUGAUCCUAUUGUUCCUAAUAGCCAACAAGAGUUUGAAAACAUUGAUGAGGAUGGAGAGCAACAAGGAGGAGAGGAGGAGGGUUGGGAGGAUAUGGUUCAUGAUUGGGGAUAUAUGGAGGAUAAUGACACCGAGGCUCAGGAGGUUUCUCCUGUAGUUGGUAAUCAAAAGAGAAGACCACGUGUUGUUCUUGAAAUACCUAAGAAACAAAAAACAAGUACAGCUCUUGUUAUUCAAGAACAGAUUACAAAAAUUGCUGACUCGGCUUCUUCUUUUACAUCAAGAAAGCAAGCUGAGGUUGGCAUUAAGGAGGUGAUGGAUCUUGUCUUGGAUUGUGGGGCAGACUAUGGUAGCAAUGAGCAUGACAUUGCUACCCAAUUGUUUGUGAAGAGGGAUCAAAGAGAAAUGUUCUUGACUCUUCCUACUAGAGAAAUUAGAUUCAACUGGCUUACAAGGAGGUACAAUGAUAAAUAUGGAAAUUGA